AUGCAGUCCAGUACCAACACAGUCUUCAGCUACAACUAUUGCUGCGGUAGCCACGGUAUCUCGGUUGGCUCUCUCGGUGGCAACAGCGUCGACCAGUCCACUACGGUUCAGGGUCUCACAGUCGAAGGAAACACAAUCGUAGAUAGCACCAACGGUCUUCGUAUCAAGACUAUCAUCGGUCUUAAGGGUCUCGUAUCGGACGUCAAGUACGUCGACAAUGAGCUCUCGAACGUCAAGAACGCCAUCGUCAUCCGCUCGGAUUACAGCAAGGCCAAGGGUGGAUACACUGGUGCCCCCACAAGUCAAGUGCAGAUCACUGGGGUCAAGGUUGCUGGCCUUACCGGCUCAGCUAGUAACCUGUAUGACAUCAAGACGAACCCCAAGGUCGUGUCGGACUGGACAUUCACGGAUAUUGAUGUGAGCGCUUCACUCAAGGGUACGCUCGCCGGAAUGCCAAACAACCUUGCCGUUUAA